GCACAGUGAUGCUGCGCGCUGUCUUCUCUCUAAAUGAGGAUUGUCUUUCCCCAGUUGGAACAGCGGCAGGGUUUCUCCACCCUUCCAGAGAGGAUCUGGGUUUUACUCAAGAAACAGCGGGGCGUCCGUGGGAUCUUCUCCAUCAUCAUCUUCCUCCUCCUCUGAGCUGGGGUCUGCGGCUGCUCCUGCAGCUCCAUCAUCCACAGCAGGAGAGCGUCUGACCACCGGGGCAUGUGCGCUACGACAUGUAUGAGUGAAUUCAUGCGGUGACACGAGAAGAGGAAUGGAGCUGCUGUCAAUGCAUUCCUGCAGACGCACCGACGGUCAUACGCUGCAGACUGUCUUUUAGAGAGAGGUGGAGGGGGGGGAUCUUCAUACGCAGCAGCCCAUCCAACACAUUGGCUUUUUUAUUCCAGCGAGAAGCGAUCAGUGUCGCCUUUCAUUCCAGCCACAACAAUGGGGGAGCAGCCCAUCUACAGUACGAGGGCCCACGUCUUCCAGAUCGACCCCAACACCAAGAAGAACUGGCUGCCCGCAAGCAAGCACGCCGUCACUGUGUCCUACUUCUAUGACAGCACGCGUAAUGUCUACCGGAUCAUCAGCCUGGACGGAACCAAGGCAAUAAUCAACAGCACCAUCAGUCCGAACAUGACGUUCACAAAGACGUCACAGAAGUUUGGCCAGUGGGCGGACAGUCGGGCAAACACUGUCUAUGGACUGGGCUUCUCUACCGAGCAUCAUCUGUCCAAGUUUGCAGAGAAGUUUGCAGAGUACAAAGAAGCAGCACGGCUUGCUAAGGAGAAGAGCCAGGAGAAGAUGGAGAUGGCCACGUCUCCUUCUCAAGAGUCUCCGGCGGGUGAGCUGUCCUCCCCUCUGACCCCUUUGACUCCCCCCAUGGAAAACAUCAACGGCACGGAUGAGAUCUGUGACACCACCCCCAACUCAGAGAGCCGUCCGGAGCCAGCGCAGAGCGCUCUAGCUUUUGCACACAGCCCGGCCAUGACAAAACACUGGGAGGCUGAGCUGGAGGCGCUGAAGGGGAACAACGCCAAGCUAACUACGGCUCUGCUGGAAUCCACGGCCAACGUCAAACAGUGGAAACAGCAACUGGCUGCCUAUCAAGAGGAAGCAGAGAGACUACACAAACGGGUGACAGAGCUUGAGUGCCAAAGCAACCAAACCCCAGUGAUCAAAUCCCAAAAGACUGAGCUCAACCAAACCAUAGAGGAGCUAGAGAAUGCGCUGCGGGAUAAAGAAGAGGAAAUGGAGAAGCUGAAAGAAGAACUGGAAAACAUGAAUGACCUGAUGGAGCAGAAAGACACUCUGACUCAGAAGCUUGAGGAGACGGAGCUGCGCAGUCGGGUGCUGGAGGAGCAGCUAGCGGGAGCAGAGCAGCGACUGGAGGAGAACCAGGAAGAGCAGGAAAAUUUCAGAAAGAGCCUGCGGACGCUGCUGGAACUUCUCGACGGCAAGAUCUUUGAGCUGACAGAGCUCAGAGACACCUUGGCUCGUCUCAUAGAGGAAGCCAGCUAGAGACAGAAGGUCUCACCCUCCGCAGAGAGAGCCAUAUGAUGAUUUAUUUACAGCCCCAGCACACAGACCAAUCCCACCUUCAAAUACUUUUUCUUCUUGUGUACCCCUCACCUACAUAAAUCUGAGACACUGCACUGCCCCCACUUACAGUUUAAACACAAGGGGCAGUGGGUCCCUAAUUUUUACCUUGAGGGCAUCAGGUUUCUACCUACUGCAAGCACUCCUGUAGUUGAACACGAUGCAGGGACUACCUCAGCUUGCCUUCUGAUUGGCUGUUGUACCCUUGAUCAAACUGGUCAAGCUUAUUUGUAGAGAUGCCACACAUUAAAACAAACACAAAAAAAACUGUGCCUCAGCGCCAUCUGCUGUCUGAAUGGGAGAGCUGCACCAUAGUGUGCAGCAUUUACUCAACACACACAUUGCACAUUAUUCCUCUCUAAACCGCCCAUCCAGUGGCAAAUGUUAAAAGUCAUGUGGAAAUAAUUGCCGUUAAGACCUAAAGAACUGCGCCAAAGCUGCCAAUUCCCCCCAAAAUAUUGUCCUCUAACAAGCAGAUGCUUUGAUCCAAAGUGACUUACUGUACAGAGAAGUUUUGAACAGAAGAACCCGCGUUUGAGCCCGGGCUGCCAGAGGAAUGUAACUGGGUAACUGCUUUGGCAUUGCUGCACAUCCCCAGCCUGAAUUCUCAAGGAUGCUGGGAAGUGGAGUCUGAUAUCUAUAUAUUUUCUUUUAGUAGAAAUGAAAGUGUGUCCCCUACGAUAUUACAGAAUCCUAUGACGGAAAAGCAAUGAAUCUUCCAGAAGGCAAUUUUCAUGCAACACUAAAUUGUUUUGGUACUACAUCUUAAAUGAGACACGUGUAUCCACACAGCUUCCAUCAUCGCAGUAAACCUGACCUGUCUUCCUGCCAUACUCAGUGUGGCGUGUGUGUCCUGAAUGAGGCUUGACAUGAUGUGUGUUAUCAUUAAGGUGCAUCUCAAUAAAUUAUAAUAUCAGAGAUAUUAGUUUUUUUUCAGGAUUACAACUACUAAAAAAAGACAAAAUUCUUAUUAAUAACAUUAAUUACAGAUUUAAAUCUUUCCUCAUGUCAUUUUUGAUGGCUUACAGAAAACACAACCCCCAAAAAAUAUUGGACUUAAGAAAAUUUGAAUACAACAUAAUACUAAGAAAAUAAUGAAGACAGAAAUGUUGUGAUUAAACACCCUGUAGCUUUCAUAUCCUGUCUCCCUUGUUUUGGUUUGAAUUUAAAAUACACCAUCGACUCUCAGUUGGGUUUGCUGGCUAAAUAAACUUAGUGAUAUUUUGGUUAUUAAGCAGGACUAUAAAACCUGCAUUAUACGUCAAAAUGUAUUUUAAAACACAACCCCUUUGUAUGAAAGUUUGACACAUAUUUAAUUUCCUUAAUGCUUACUUCCUGCAGAAGGCUAUCUGUAUCUUUAAUGAUCAAGAUGCUUGAGCACAGGGCAUGGAUAGGAAAUUUUAUAACAUAGAAAAAUAAGAUGUGAAGAACAUUUAGGGUAAAACAAAACUAAUAAAGUCUUUGCAAUAAUUAUAUUACAACUGAAUCUAUCAUAGGGACAUAUUUCCAAAAGGAAAGCAAAAAUAUUUCAUCCUAAAGAUCGGCUUUGGACCACUGAGUAACAGUCCUGGCACUUUUAUUUUGAUAGCUCAUUUAAUAUGCUUCUGAUUUGGUCUCUGGUUUAGAAGUUGUUUAAAGCGUGGAGUGAGAGAUUUAGCAUAUGUAGAUAUAUCUGCUUGCCCUGACUUCAGUGGCAAUCUAUACUUUAUAAAUCUCUGUACUGCUGAAAAGCUGCUUCUAAUCCCAGUUUAUCUAAGGUUGUGCUUAUCUUAGUUUCUAAUAUUGUGUUGUUUUUGCAGGUUGAAUUUUCUUAGCACGUCCUGAUAUGUAUCUAAUAUGGCCUCCAAGCUGAAGAUUUAAGGGAAAGUUUCCGCUUCCAGGUUUAACUUUAGUUCAGAAUCCAACAUGGCUACUAACUGAUAGCAAAUACAGUAGGUGAGAUCUUCUCACCUAUAGUGUCAAGCUUCAAUUUGUAAUACAAUAUGUGUUUUUUUGUGUGUUUUUUUUAUGUUUUCAUUGCACUUAAUUUUUCUUCAAUGUAUUUGGAUUCAGUGCUUUAAAUAGACAGCUUCCUUAGAAAAAAAAAAUCUUUGGUGGCUUACACCUGCUGACACCUGGCUCUGUGACACCUAGUUUUCUUAUGAUGCGGUAGGUUUAAUCAUAUUUCUGCAUUUAAUUUUUUUUAUUUACAUGUU